UUGUUGCAAAUGGUGGUGUGUUUCUACGUUUGUUUGUUUCCUUAGUCCUUUAGUUCUUUUGAGUUAAGCGCCUGUGAUUUAAAAAAAAUAUAUUUUAUAGAAUUCUGUAAUAGUUUAUUAACAUUUAAUAAUAACAAAAUGUCAUUUAAAUGGAAAGACCAACAUAUGGAACUGUUUCUUGAAACAUACAAACAAUACGAGUGCUUGUGGAACAACAAAUGCAUCAAUUAUAGUAAACCAAAUGAGCGCGAAAAAGCGUACUUGUCGAUGUUGAAUGACUUAAAGAUUCCUGGAUUAACUGUGGGAGAUAUAAAAGCCAAAAUCAAAACCAUUCGAACACGCUAUGGAGCAGAACUGUCAAAGAUAAGAAACUCUGAAUUAAAUGUUGAAGCUGGUGGUGAAGUUUAUGUGCCUCGACUAUUUUGGUUUAAAGAUGCAGAUCAAUUUUUACGCAAUGUGUGUCCUCCGAAACCAAAUUGUUCAAUCCCGAAGGAUAAUGAAAUGUCUUUUGAAACGGACCAACAUACUACUCAACUUUACAACGGCAAUGACACUGCAGAUUCUCCAGACAAUUCUACGAACUCUCCAGUGACUACAAGUUUUUUAAAUCCAACAAAUUCGUAUGCUAACGCACGACAUCGCAAAAACCAAUUGAAACGUUCACUUCCCACCAAUAAUGCGUCAGUAAUUGGAAGUCCUAUUAAAAAAUUAAAGCUAACACUAGAAGAAGAAGAUGAUAAAUUAAAUGACCCAAAUAUUAAUGAAUUCGAUUAUUUCUGUAAGAGUCUUGCCAUACAAUUGAAAAGAAUGCCCUUGCAAAGGGCUAUUGUUUGUCAAGAGAAAUUACAAAACGUCAUGACAAAAGAACGUCUAUUUCAAUUAUCUGAGCCAUAUCUUUCAUCGUUGCCGAUCUCUGAUAAUGAUGAUGACGACGACGACGAUCGGGAUGGCAUUCAAAAUCAAAGUUCCGAACAUAACUCUGUGAUUUCAUCAACAGAGCCUGCAUUACAUCCAAUUAUUGAUGAUCAACAGUUCGAGAUGAAAUUAGAAGAUGAAAGUGAAUAUAUUUCCGAAGUGAAAAAAGAAAUUGAAGAAGUAUUUUAAGUGUUAGCCUUUAUAUGGUUGUAGUUUUCUAGAUUUUCACAUUAUUAUUGUAUACGAAAAACUAUGCUAGUUAAUAAAAGUCGAAAUGUUUAAGAUGAAUACAA